CUCUCUUCCCCACCAUCACAACAUGCUUAACAAAAAAGAAGGCCCACGAGCACAGGUGGAGUCUAGCAACUAAGAAAAAGAAACAGCUAUUAGACAGCAGUUUUCCCUUGGUCCAAAGCAUCAGACAGGAGCAGCGCAGAAGAAUUGUUGUUGUCAAUUACUAUUUUGUGAAAAUUUUAUGCAAAAGUCCUGCAGCUGCCGUAUACGUUCAACUGACAAGCAAAGAAGAAGAAAGCAGGGAGUGUCCAAUCGUUCCCAGCCAAUUAUGCAGCCAUCCUCUGGAUUCUCUUUUGGGCCCAUCCCACCAAACCUGGUAUUUACAGAAUUUUCAACACAGCCAAAUAAAGGUGUUCCAGUGCCAGUUUCAACACUGCCAACUGUGCCUUUUACACAUGCAAACCAAGCAAACUCACUGCCUCUGUCAGCAACCUCGCUAGUCUCAGGGAGAGAUGAAAACAUUCAGUAUCUUACAGAUAAAGUGUGGCAGCUGGAACUUGAUAAAAAUCAUCAAGAAGCGGAAAAGCAACAGGAGGUAAUGUAUCCUUACCAUGAAGAACAGAACAAGAAAGCAGCAAACAGCUUGUAUAGCCAGUAUGAGGAGAAGGUCCGUCCCUGCAUUGAUCUCAUUGACUCUCUGAGAGCACUCGGAGUAGAAAAAGAUCUCCCUUUGCCAGCAAUUGCUGUAAUUGGAGACCAGAGCUCUGGAAAAAGCUCAGUCCUAGAAGCACUGUCUGGUGUCUCUCUUCCUAGAGGCAGUGGCAUUGUUACCAGAUGUCCUUUGGAACUCAAACUUAAAAAGACAACACCUGAACAGGGGUGGAAAGGGAAAAUUAGUUACCGGGAUAUAGAUGAGAUACUCCAGAAUCCUGCACAGGUGGAGAAAGAAAUAAGAAAAGCCCAGGAUGCAAUGGCUGGUGAAGGAGUGGGUAUUAGCCAUGAAUUAAUUUCCCUGGAAAUCAGCUCCCAAGAUGUUCCAGAUUUGACCCUGAUUGACUUACCAGGGAUCACAAGAGUGGCUGUGGGGAAUCAGCCAGAAGAUAUUGGAAAACAGAUUAAAAAGCUAAUUCAAAAAAUCAUUACUAAACAAGAGACAAUAAACCUGGUGGUGGUACCCAGUAAUGUGGAUAUUGCAACAACCGAGGCACUGAAAAUGGCUCAAGAGGUGGACCCUCUUGGAGAGAGAACUGUAGGGAUCUUGACAAAGCCUGAUUUGGUGGACAAAGGGACUGAGGAGGCUGUUGUCGAUAUAGUACGGAAUCUCACCAUCCGUCUGAAAAAGGGUUAUAUGGUGGUUAAAUGCCGUGGACAACAAGACAUUCUGAACAACCUGAGCCUAGACUGUGCAAUCCAAAAAGAGAGAGAAUUCUUUCAGGAUCACGAAUAUUUUAGUGUCCUUUUGGAUGAAAGAAAGGCCACGAUUCCUCUUUUGGCAGAAAAACUUACAGCAGAACUUGUGCUUCACAUUUAUAAAACUAUCCCCAGAUUAGAGGAUCAAAUAAGUGAAGAACUCCAAAAAGCAUCUCAAGAGUUACGCAAAUACGGCAAAGGCACACCCAGAACAGAUGGCGAGAAACUGUUUUUCCUUAUAGAUAAAAUCAAAUUCUUCAAUCAAGACAUUGUGAAUUCAGUGCACGGAGAAGAAAAGGUGUCUGGAAAUGAAAGCAGACUGUUUACAAAAGUCCGCAAGGAGUUUCAAAAAUGGGGGAAAGCACUUGAUGAGAGUUCAGUGAAGAUUCAAAAAAUUAUACAUCAUGAAGUAUGGAGAUUUGAAAGUCAGUACCGUGGAAGAGAGCUUCCUGGUUUUGUCAAUUACAAGACAUUUGAGGACAUUGUCAAACAGCAAAUCAAGGAACUAGAAGAACCAGCUGUUGAUGUAUUGAAGACAGUGAUUGAAAUCGUCCGACAGCAUUUUACGGUUGUUGCCAAAGCUCAUUUUGAUGAUUUUUACAAUCUUAACAGAGCUGCCAAGAACAGAAUUGAAGACAUUAGAGAGAAACAAGCAGAAGCUGCUGAAACAAUGAUACGAACCCAGUUUAAAAUGGAGCAGAUGGUUUACUGCCAGGACAACGUUUACAGUGAAGAUUUAAAAUCUACCAGAGAAGAAACAGCUGAGCAGGCAACAGGCAAAACUACGAUGUCCAAAUUCAACAAGUUCAAUUUUGGAACCACUCUACUUCAUAACCAAAAUUCUGUCAAGGAAAUGGCGUAUCACCUGGAGGCAUAUUUCAAUGGAGCAGGUAAUCGUCUUUCCAGCCAAAUUCCUCUGAUCAUCCAGUCCUUCAUCCUUCAGGACUACGGAGAUAACCUACAGAAUGCAAUGAUGCAGCUCUUACAAGAGAAAGCACAAUUAGGUUUCUUACUUGAGGAGCGGAAAGAGGCAGCUGACCAAAGGAAUUUUCUGAGUGAACGGAUUAAUCGUCUUAAAAAAGCUCAUCAACACCUACUAAAAUACUCUGUUCUGUAGCAGUUGCAUUUUAAAUGCCGGGGUCUCAACACCAUUAAUUCUUCUUGAAAGAAUCUGCAGCAGUUUAUCCUUGUGGAAUUGCUUAUCUGUCUAUAGUGGCCUUUUUUCAAAACAGACCAAUAGCUGAAAUAAAUAAUUGCUUACCUGAGACUUAAUUUGCAUAAUUAACUUAAAGGAAUGCUUAUAUAAAAUGGAUCAUAAGCAGAUGAGCGUAAAUUUUGGAGUAUAAGUUACUUAAACUUGCAUUUCUGAUUUAAAUUUGUUUCCAAGUAUCACUAGAAAACCAGUGAGGGCAGGAGCUUUCAUAUGUAAAACACCCAACAUUUCAGUAGAUAAGAUACCUAUAGUUUAAUUUCUGUAGAUCAAACUCUUGUACACACUAGUAACGUCACUGUUGUGGGAUCAUAUUACCGCCCAAACAUUCAUCUCAUCAGUAUGAGAGAGGAGUCAUUCAGGAUGGCAGUAAUGUCAACUGUAUCAGCUUGGAAGACAAGAGCUAAGAGGUUGGGAAUGGGGUGGGAAAGUGCUAAUUACUGUUAUCAACCAGGUCCUAUCUGUGUACAGACAAGAGAACUGGUUAAAUGCCUGCUACAAGCAAGUAGCAGCAGCUGUGCGCCACCUUAUUUCCCCUGAAAUUAAUAGGAGUUUGCCUUUUGAUGCCUAAAAUAUUCCCUGACACUUUGGAGGUGAGCAGGAUGUAGCUUUCCAAAGACCUGCCAUCAAGUUAAGCAGGGGGUCCCACUUGGCUAAAUCAAUGAAUAAAGGCAAUCUAAUAUACCUUGACAGCCUUGCACUGGGACACGAGCAGAAACCUUUCAAAUCCCAUCCCCCUGUCCCUCAAUCAUGGAAGCAGGUUACACUUAUCUGAUGCUUUUCUGGAAUUUGUUUGAUUAUAUUACAAAUCAAAUGUGCGUAGGGUGGGACAGUGAAAGAAGGCAUGCGCCCCCUACCAGAAGUCAGGCCACAACUGAGUUUAAGGACCAACAAAAAGUUUAAGUCAAAACAACAAAGGUUCCACAUGACCCUCUUCACCCCCAUCCUGUGCAUUUUAUCAGGUAAAUGCCUAAAUAGAGCCAGGAAGAAUAAACAAGCAUUACCAAAGACAGAAGUAAAAGGUCUACAAUAUAAAAUUUGUAAAUCAUCAUUUAUUAGUUAAAUUACAUAUGUGCAAAAUAAAUUUGUACCAAGAUUACUUGUCAUUGUAAAAAAAGUCAUUCCACUUCAAUUUCAUUCCUAGAGAAAGUAAUUAAUUAUGGCUUUUCCUUCCGAUAAGUUAUAGGAUUUUAAAAAGAUUGCCUCAUCAGGUGGCACUCUGAGUCAACAGAUUCUCUCUAAAAUGUGGGCAGUUACAAGGUACAGUUCAACAGGAGCAAGCAAGCUCAUUUUUGUCCACUAGAAGUGGAGAGCAGAUUGAAGCAGCAUACUGAAUUUCAGUACUUCUGAUGCAGUCAUUAGAAGUACUGAACUUCUGAUGACUGCAGCCAUGUCACAUUUAUAGCUACAGCAUUUCCUACUCCUGUAAUAUAUAUAAAUAUAUAUAUAUUUAAAAAUACCAUUAGGUUAUUGGUCUCCUGCUAAAAUAUACAGAAAGUUCUUUACACGUCUGUAUAAGAAAAUAAAAGCCAGAUUAUUUAAACACUGAGGUAGUCACGUGUAAACUUGGGAACAGCAUUUUCUCAUAUCUGACUUCCACAUUUUACCAGUUUUCUGCAUCUACAUUUGUUAUCCUUGUGAUGCACUGCAUGCGAUACAGCCUCAAAGCAAAGCUUUGUUCUUUGCCCCUCUCAAAAGGACAGAGUUCUCAAGGGUCAAUCAGUUAGUGGCUUCCAGUACAUAAACCUGAAUAUGCUGCUCAGUACACUGUCCUGCUACAAGUCAGAAGAACUGUUCCCAGCAGCUUAUGUAGGCAGCCUGGCUUUUAAAGGCUACUUUAAAUAUUUCUCUUGUGUGUCAAGCAAAAACCACAACCGGAGUAGCACAACAUUAGGCAGGAGUGAAGGACAGGGACACACAUUACUGAGCAAGGCUGAUCCAAAGCAAGAUCAGUCCAGCUGAGUGCAUCACCCAAAGUCCUGAGGAUUUUCAGCUACCUGAGCACAGUACCAAGACAUUUUCUGUGCCUCUGCUCUCCAGUGUGUGAAAUAGUUUCCCUUAUACCCUACAAGGGGCACUCAUCAUUUCAAAUCUCUAGCCAGCCAGCAGCCCAAAGAUUCACAUUCACAUCAUAUUUAUAUUAAACAUCUUAUAAGCCAGGUGGCUUGACACUUGCUUUAAAUUCCAACUUUUUUUUUUUAAAUAAAAGAGUGAAGUUACAAGGUGAUUACAUUUAUGAUUAUAAAAAUGAAUGAUUUUCUAGCCCAGAUGCCAGAAAAUGAGGGACAUUUCAGGGAGGAACUGCCAGAGCAACAUUUUAUCGUCUCCCGUGUCAAAGGAAGACGGUGCUUGUUGCGAGAAUUUUACUUCACAGACUAAACCAGUCAGUCACUGUAACCAGCACAGAACUGAGGGUGCAAACUUUUGCAUUACUUUCAAAGUAAAAAAGUAAGGACUAGAGAAGGAGUGCAGGGGAAGGGGGGAAAAAAAAAAAAAAAAAAAAAUCACUCGCAAAAACUAAAUACAGUAGUUAGACAUCCAAGGUAACCAAAUGUUACUUAGGAUUGUUC